ACAUUAUACACCCUCGCUUGCUCACGCCCUGCUGCUGCUUCUCUCCUGUCUGCUUGUCUUUCCUGCUUUCUGGAUUUGCUCCUUUAAUCUCACUGUAUCUUCUUUGGGAUGAGGGGCUGUAAGGCUGGAUGGGUCUGUGCUUGGAUGCUUCGCUGAGACCUGUCUGUAUCUUUCUUUUUAUUUUUUCACCCCUCUAUUUCUGUCAGCUGCGAGAACUCAACGUUAAGGUACAUCCUGGCCCCUGGCCCCCUCUGUGGAUGUCUGUCACCAUGGCGAAGUUUGAGACCGGCCGCACAAGCCCAGUGGUCCGCCAGAUAGACAAGCAGUUCCUGGUGUGUAGUAUCUGUCUGGACCACUACCACAACCCCAAAGUCCUGCCCUGCCUGCACACCUUCUGCGAAAGGUGCCUACAGAACUACAUUCCCCCUCAGUCCUUGACGCUGUCCUGCCCGGUGUGCAGACAGACCUCCAUCUUGCCCGAGAAAGGUGUGGCGGCACUACAGAACAACUUCUUCAUCACAAACCUCAUGGAGGUGCUGCAGAGAGACCCAGAAUGUUCUCGGCCGGAGGCCUGCAGCGUGCUGGAGUCUGUCAGCGCAGCAGCCGCUGGGAAACCGCUCUCCUGCCCCAAUCACGAGGGCAAGGUGAUGGAGUUUUACUGCGAGUCGUGUGAGACGGCCAUGUGCCUGGACUGCACGGAGGGGGAACACAGGGAGCAUGUGACCGUUCCACUGCGGGAUGUUCUAGAACAGCACAAAGCAGCACUAAAGAACCAGCUGGAUGCUAUACGCAACAGGCUGCCCCAACUUACAGCUGCCAUUGAGCUGGUGAAUGAAAUCUCUCAACAGCUGAUAGAAAGGAAGAACGAAGCCAUCAAUGAGAUCAACAUGACGUUUGAGGAGCUCGAGAGGGCAUUGCACCAGCGCAAAGCUGCGCUCAUCACUGAUCUGGAGAACAUUUGUAGCACCAAGCAGAAGGUGCUUCAGGCGCAGCUAUCGUCCCUUCUGCAGGGAAAAGAGCACAUCCAGAGCAGCUGCAGUUUCACUGAGCAGGCCCUGAACCACGGCAGCGCCACCGAAGUCCUGCUGGUCCAAAAGCAGAUGAGCGAGCGUGUGAGCGCCCUCGCCUGUCACGACUUCCCUGAACGGCCGCAUGAGAAUGCCCACUUGGACUGCCAGAUAGAGACAGAAGGCCUGCGACGCUCCAUCCAGAACCUGGGCGUCCUGCUGACGACGGGUGCCGUGGGACACACCAGUGUGGCCACAGGAGAAGGGCUCAGGCAUGCGCUGGUCGGUCAGCACGUGACUGUAACUGUUACCACUAAGGAUAAGGACAGCGAGCUUGUGCGGACCGGUAACGCGGUCCUCCGAGCGGAGAUAACGGGGCAGGAUGGAGAGCGGGCGACAGAGGUGGAGGUCGUAGACAAUAAAAACGGAACGUAUGAGGUAGGGUACACACUUAAGAGUGAAGGGGAGUACUCGUUCUCUCUGAUGCUGUACGGACAGCCUGUGCGGGGCAGCCCAUUCAGACUGCGGGCGAUAAAGCCGUCGAACGUGCCUCAGUCUCCGGAUGAUGUGAAAAGAAGGCUAAAAUCUCCCAGUGGAACAGGGGGACACAUCAGGCAGAAAGCCGUACGGAGACCCUCCAGCAUGUACAGCACUACCAAAAAGAAGGAAAACCCCAUUGAAGAUGAGCUCAUUUAUAGAGUAGGCUCUCGUGGACGGGAGAAGGGAGAGUUCACCAAUCUACAGGGCAUCUCUGCUUCCAAUAAUGGGAGGGUCAUUGUAGCAGACAGCAACAACCAGUGUAUACAAGUGUUUACCAAUGAUGGCCAGUUCAAAGCACGCUUCGGGGUCAGGGGUCGUUCUCCAGGACAACUGCAGAGGCCAACAGGAGUGGCAGUGGACACAAAUGGAGAUAUUAUAGUAGCUGAUUAUGAUAACAGAUGGAUCAGCAUCUUCUCCCCUGAUGGGAAAUUCAAGAAUAAGAUUGGCGCAGGCCGUCUGAUGGGACCCAAAGGAGUGGCUGUGGACAGGAACGGUCAUAUCAUUGCAGUGGAUAAUAAAGCCUGCUGUGUGUUCAUCUUUCAAUCUAAUGGCAAACUAGUAACCAAGUUUGGAGCCAGAGGCACUUCAGACAGACAAUUUGCAGACAAAAGUGGUGCAAAGUUUGCACUGGAGCAAAAGUUUAGUAAAUCUGGCCAUGGGUUCAGUCCACAUUUUGUUGCUGUCAACAACAAGAAUGAAAUUGUCGUGACAGACUUUCAUAACCACUCCGUCAAGGUCUACAGUGCAGAUGGGGAGUUUUUGUUUAAAUUUGGGUCUCAUGGAGAGGGAAACGGCCAGUUUAAUGCUCCCACAGGGGUAGCUGUUGAUGUUAACGGCAACAUCAUUGUAGCAGACUGGGGCAACAGCAGAAUACAGGUGUUUGACAGCUCAGGCUCAUUCCUCUCCUACAUCAACACAAGUGCUGACCCUCUGUAUGGGCCGCAGGGCCUCGCUUUAACCUCCGACGGUCACGUUGUGGUGGCCGAUUCUGGUAACCACUGCUUCAAAGUCUACCGGUACCUGCAGUAACAGCUCAGGUACUGCCACAAACUCUCCUUCGACUUGGGUUCAUCACAGUUUGCAUGGUCACAUCAGUGAAAUCCUCGGCCAAACCAGAGAGGAAGAAUCGAAUGAACAAAAUGCACUUUUCUUUAAUCUUCUGCUGAUUUUCAUGUUCCAAAACAAAGAACUGCUUCUCUACUAAACCAGGAAUGUUGAUUGUAAAUAACAGAAACCAUAUCAAUAAGCACAGAUUCUUAUUAGAAAUCAUGUAAGUUGUGUAUAAAUAAAAUAUAUAUAUAUAGCAAAACGUUUUGUUAAUCGCUGUCUUAAACCCUUGCAGAAAAGUAAAUUAUUUCCAAACUUCCUCUCCUGUUUCAUAGUGGUUGAGCUUCCCAUGACUGCAACAGUUGUGUAUUGUAAUUGUUACAUUCUGCAUUUGUAAAUAUACAAAUUUGUGUACAUAUGAACAUAUUUGGUGUAUGUAACAUGUAAAUGACACUGGCUUCUUGUAUUGUCCUAUGACAGCAUUUGCCACUGAGAUUUCACUAUACCUGAGCUAUUCGGUGAGCACUUUCAGUUAACUGGGUGUUCAAAUCAUUCAGAUCGAACAUCUGAGCUGAUCAUCCCUCACAGAUAUCAACAGCACAGGAAGUGAUGC